AUGCGGACGCAGCCUCCGCGCCGGAAAGAAACGGUCAGGAUGUCAUCUCGCCAGUUACCAGCAUCUAGUGUUCCAGCUUCCAGUGUUCCAGCUCCCAGUGUUCCAGGUACUAGUGUUCCAGCUCCCAGUGUUCCAGCUCCCGGUGUUCCAGCUCCCAGUGUUCCAGCAUCCGGUAUUCCAGCAUCCAGUGUUCUAGCAUCCAGUGUUCCAGCAUCCAGUUUUCCAGCUCCCAGUGUUCCAGACAGCAGCGGCUCCAGCAACACACUAGACAGCAGCGGCUCCAGCAACACACCAGACAGCAGCGGCUCCAGCAACACACUAUACAGCAGCGGCUGCAGCAACACACUAGACAGCAGCGGCUCUACCAACACACUAGACAGCAGCGGCUCCAGCAACACACUAGACAGUAGUGGCUCCAGCAACACACCAGACAGCAGCGGCUCCAGCAACACACUAGACAGCAGCGGCUCCAGCAACACACUAGACAGCAGCGGCUCCAGCAACACACUAGACAGCAGCGGCUCCAGCAACACACUAGACAGCAGCGGCUCCAGCAACCCACUAGACAGCAGCGGCUGCAGCAACACACUAGACAGCAGCGGCUGCAGCAACACACUAGACAGCAGCGGCUCCAGCAACACACCAGACAGCAGCGGCUGCAGCAACACACCAGACAGCAGCGGCUCCAGCAACACACUAGACAGCAGCGGCUGCAGCAACACACCAGACAGCAGCGGCUCCAGCAACACACUAGACAGCAGCGGCUCCAGCAACACACCAGACAGCAGCGGCUCCAGCAACACACUAGACAGCAGCGGCUCCAGCAACACACUAGACAGCAACGGCUGCAGCAACACACCAGACAGCAGCGGCUCCAGCAACACACUAGACAGCAGCGGCUCCAGCAACACACUAGACAGCAGCGGCUCCAGCAACACACUAGACAGCAGCGGCUGCAGCAACCCACUAGACAGCAGUGGCUCCAGCAACACACUAGACAGCAGCGGCUGCAGCAACACACUAGACAGCAGCGGCUCCAGCAACACACUAGACAGCAGCGACUGCAGCAACACACUAGACAGCAGCGGCUCCAGCAACACACUAGACAGCAGGCGCUCCAGCAACACACUAGACAGCAGCGGCUCCAGCAACACACUAGACAGCAGCGGCUCCAGCAACACACUAGACAGCAGCGGCUCCAGCAACACACUAGACAGCAGCGACUGCAGCAACACACCAGACAGCAGCGACUGCAGCCACACACCAGACAGCAGCGGCUCCAGCAACACACCAGACAGCAGCGGCUCCAGCAACACACUAGACAGCAGCGGCUCCAGCAACACACUAGACAGCAGCGGCUCCAGCAACCCACUAGACAGCAGCGGCUCCAGCAACCCACUAGACAGCAGCGGCUCCAGCAACACACUAGACAGCAGCGGCUCCAGCAACACACUAGACAGCAGCGGCUCCAGCAACCCACUAGACAGCAGCGGCUGCAGCAACACACUAGACAGCAGCGGCUCCAGCAACCCACUAGACAGCAGCGGCUGCAGCAACACACUAGACAGCAGCGGCUCCAGCAACACACCAGACAGCAGCGGCUGCAGCAACCCACUAGACAGCAGCGGCUCCAGCAACAGCAACAGUACCAACACGAACAGUAGCAACAGGAACAGUAGCAACAGCAAAUAUGAGGAAGAAGGCAAAUUUGUUGUCUGGAUUAACGGACAUUUAACCUCUGUUGAUGAGGACAUGAUGCAAAUGUAG